AUGGGAAUUGCCGGGUUUUACUUGUGGCUGCAGCGUUGGUACGGCGACUGUGUGGAGGAUGUCCCGGAGGAGGUAGUGAAGGCCGCGCUGGAUGGCCAGCCGCUCCCUGCUAGCAGCGACACCACGCAGCGUUUUGACAACUUCUAUCUCGAUAUGAACGGGCUCAUUCAUCCCUGUUGUCAUGAUACGGCGCCGCUGCCGGAACCGGAGAGUGAAGAGGAGAUGUUUGAACGCAUUUUUGCGCAGGUGGAUUUAUUGUACAAAAUAGUCCGUCCGCGGAAGUGUCUCGUGUUAUGCAUCGACGGUGUCGCACCUCAGAGUAAGAUGAAUCAACAGCGCAGCCGUCGCUUUCGUGCGGCGGAGGAGCGCAUUGAGAGUGAAGUUUUCUCCGCACAGUGCGCGGAGGACGUUGUCAAGAAGGGUCUUCCUCUUCCCCAAACACGAAGUCGCUGGGAUCACAAUGUCAUUACUCCCUCUACUCCGUUUAUGGAGCGUGUUGGGUUGGCCAUUGAGUGGUUUAUUAUGAAAAAAAUUAACGAGGAUCCGGCUUGGCGUCACAUCGCCGUCAUCUUCUCGGACGCCCACGUCCCUGGUGAGGGGGAGCACAAAAUUAUGCACUACAUUCGAGAACUUCGGGCUCAGUUGGGUUAUAACCCGCAAACUUCUCAUGUCAUUCAUGGAAUGGAUGCAGACUUGAUAUGUUUAGGGCUUUCCACUCAUGAAGAGCAUGUGACCAUAUUGCGAAAUCAGCUCACAGAAACCUUUCAGCCUGAUCACAAUCGCUUCUGCUACUUUAGUCUCUACAAAUAUCGUUUGCGCCUAAGAGACGACUUUGGUGGCAUCGGCCAAAUGGAUUUUGAGAGAGUACUGGACGACUUUAUAUUUCUUUGUUUUUUUGUAGGAAACGAUUUCCUUCCACAUGUGCCUCUCAUCUCUAUCAAAACAAAAGGCAUUGAGCUUCUACUGGAUCACUACGUGCGGGGCUUUAAAGAUCACUCGUACUUAACCCAUGGAGGUGAAGUAAAUUACGGUAAUUUGGCCAAGUUUCUGCGUUUUUUUCUCGUAGGGUACAUGGAGAAACUGAAGCAGGAGUAUGGCGGGGUGCUGCGGGCAAAGCAGCGAGCGAAGGCGAAGGUCGAGGAGCGUGUCAAGGAAUUGGAGCGGGAAUUGGAAGAACAACUAAAUUCCCUUCAGAAAGACCGUAAGAAUGCCCAGCAGGUAAGUAACGCUGCUCAUAAACUGUUGCUCUCCAUUAUGAGGGAACGUGCGCGUCUUGUCGUCGACAAGGAACCUCUAGGGUUUUCCUACGUGAACGACGACCAUCGCGAUAAGUACUACGAAAAAAAGUUUGGCUGGGAUCCUGCAGACCGCGAGGCAUUUGAGAAAAAAAUUCAGCUUUGCUGUGCGGAAUACUUGCGUGGGACGCAGUGGGUGAUGCGGUACUAUACCACAGGGUGCCCAUCGUGGGAUUGGUACUACCCGUUUUAUUACGCCCCUCUUCUGCAGGAUUUGGCGCACUUUCCCGGUAAAGUGAAAGUAAAAAUGACAUUGGGAGCACCGAGGCAUCCGGUGCUUCAGUUGCUGGCGGUCUUGCCUCGGCUUAGCGUGGAGGCUCUGCCGGAAGAACUGCAUGACGCGGUUAAGGACCCAGAGUCCGUUCUAGGGGUCUUCUACCCCGAGAAGGUCGACGUGGACUUUAGCGAGGCACAUUUCUCCUACCAGGGAGUGUUGCGGCUCCCAUUCGUUAACAACAGCCAUCUUCAAUCCGCAUGCCAAAAACUUGUCCGUUUGGAGCCGGAUUUCGGCUUCACACUUCUUUUAUGUCAUGAGUCAAGUCGUCUUUCUCGUGCACUGAAGUCUCUGCUUGCGGACAAGGAUGGAGAAAAGGUGAUGAAGCCUAUUCCUAAAGUGUUGGCUGCAAAGGUCCCCAUUGGUGGGAAAGUUGGACCGCAUGAAAUGGAGUGGCCACGUCACGCCAGGUUGCACUGCCCAGAUGACGGCAUUGCAAGUGAAACGUCUUACGGAGCUCCCAUCAAGAGUAAUGCUGCGUGUUGCUAUCGCUACGAACUAAACACGCAAUCUCUUUACAGACCUAUAUUACUACGUGAACUAAGAAAGACCAUGAGAGGUGCCGCCGCCCCGGCAUCUACCGCGGAUAAUUUGGUGGAAAACCCGGCCGUACGGAAGAGUUCCGCUCCUGCAGACUCUUUGAGAAGCUCCGAGAAAAAAUUAAUUCGAAGAGCGAAACAUGGGCGGGAGGAACCGCAGGAACAGAACACGGAGGUGGAAGUGGUGGUGAAUAAAAAAGACACAUCAACGGCUAAAAGGCGUCGUGUUGAAAACACUGUGAAGGAGCCAACUGUGAAGGCCGAGCCUCCUAAGAAAGCUGUGAAGAGGAAAAGUAAGACCCGGCGAAAUAACUGA